UAAUCAGGAUACACAAGAGACGGCUCUUCUUCUCCUUCUGCUGUAGCUUCUUCUCCUUCUGCUGUAGCUUCUUCUCCUCUCGUGAUUCCGUGAUUCCUCCAAAAUGGAGUCACUUCUCCACACGUUUUCGUCUCAAUUAUCUCUCAGGCUCAGAAUAGACUGAUGAACAGCUUCUCCGCGAGACCUGACGAAGCCACCGACCUGUUUCAUGAAUCCAUUCUUCUCAAAGAGAAGAAGAUCGAUGAGGAAGGUGAUCUUCUUCCUGAGUUCGUUGAUGAUGAAGAAAGGAUGGUUUGAUCUAGCUAGUGCUCGACAUUCUAUGGGAACUUUACGUAUCAACAGCACUCUCUUAGACCUCAAGGAUCAUUCUGCGGCUUCAACAUUGCAAGUGACUGACCAAGAGGAGUAUUUGGUUGAUAUGGGUGCUCUCAACUGCCUCCUUCCCACCGACCAGCCUCGACUCAGCGAACAUAUGGAUGACAUCAUUAAGAUGAUUGAAAAGAUUAUUGAGAAUGAUUGUGGGUAUGUUAUGGAAGGAGGCGAUGUGUUCUUCUCUGUCGACAAAUCACUAGACUAUGGUAAGUUGUCAGGUCAGCGGAUGGAACAUACACGGGCUAGUGAGCGAGAAUCACUAGACUAUGGCCUUGGGAUGAAGAAUUUUCUUUGGUGAAUUGCAGAACUUUUAAGUUACGUGAUAUGUAUAGCCUUUGUAUGUUGAGUUUGAGACAUCAGCCUUUGUAGCAGGGUUUGAGUAUUGAUCAUAGUCUGAGAGCAAGAGAUACCAUCAAUUAUGCAUUAAUCAUGUUUUUCAUUUCCUUGUUUUUAAUGAAAGUGUAUUCACAAGAUCAAAUGUUACUUCUCAAGUUGUUUCAAUUUUUUUUAAGAACUUUUA